AUGAAAUCCCAUUCCCAUGGCGGCAGAUCUUCAACCGGAAGUCCAAAUUUACCAUCAUGUAUACUCGCAACACUUUUCCUUCUCCUCAUUAUCACCGCAGCAAUAACCGUCUUCUUCAUCUUCUUCAAUCCAAAACAACCAAAGAUCGCCGUCGUAUCCAUCAAAUUCCCUUCCUUUUCAAUCUCAAACGGAACAGUCAACUUCACAUUCUUACAAAACGUCUCAGUCACGAACCCUAACCGCGACGAUUUCACUCAUUACGACAGUUCAUUACAGCUCGUCUAUUCCGGUAAUCCGGUCGGUAUCGUGUUCAUUCCGGCCGGUGAGAUUGGCGGUGGACGGACGCAACAUAUGACGGCUAAAUUCGAUUUGGAAUCGUAUCCAAUGGCGGUUAGGGAGGUGAGUUAUUAUGAUGAUGAGAAUUUGAAUGGGAAUGGGAAUGGGAUGGUGAUUGAAAGUAGGAUGAAGAUGAUUGGUAGGGUUAGGGUUUUGAAGAUAUUUACACAUAGAGUUGAGAGUAAAUCUGUUUGUAGAGUUGAUGUUGAUGUGAUUAAGGGAUCUGUUUUGAGUGUGCAUUGUUCAUGA